UAAAAAUGUCGUUGAAAGCAGAAAAACAUCAACCUGGACGCCGUGUGUUUCUGCCGCUCGUCAUUUUCAGGCCCCUGACAGUCUGUGGCCCCCUGUGUUAACCGGCCUGUGUUUACUGGCCCCUGCAGGUCCCCCGAUGCCCCCCCUCAGCACCCGGGUCAGCGACCGCGCCGCCGUGGUUACCAAGUCCUCCAUCUUCUUCAGGUUCAACUGCAGCUGGUUCAGCGAUGUCAACGGAGCCAUCAAGUUCUUCACCGUGCUGGUCUCUGAGUCUGACGGUGUCGGCGAGGAGCAGCCAGAGCAGCAGCACCCGCUGCCCUCUUACCUGGACUACAGGUCCAAUAGCUCCGUUAAAUCCUACCAGACCAGCUACUUCCCCAGCCGCUGCACCGAGGGCCCCGACAGCGGCUCCCGCAGCUUCGACAUCACCCUGGGGACCGGGAUGGACUCUCUGGGGGGCCCCUGUGAUCCAGACACCGGCAGAGACCUGAAGCUGUUCUGUGACGGGCCCCUGAAACCCAAAACUGCCUACAGGUUCUGAAUGCAUCACAGCAUAC